AACUGUGUCUGUGUGUGAAGUGCUUCGAGAAAUGGACGAGGAUCCCGAUGAGAUGGAAGUGAACAAAGACGAGAUUCCAGCAGAAACAACUUUGCGGAAGAACGGAACCCGAGAACUUCCUAUCCGAGACGACGCGUUGCGCUCCGCCCUACAAGAAGAACUGAGCGCCAUCCACGAGAAGACUGAGGCCAAGAGGAUCGCCCGCAUCGCCCUCGCCGAAAUCAAAGCCUUUCUCGCCGACGAGGACCAAGGCAGGGAGACGGCCUGGCAACUCAAGAUGAAGACGCUGGAGGUCACCCAGGAGCAGCUUAAGCUUCAAAAGGAGAGGAUAGCGGUGGAGACGGAGCGCAUGGAGGUAGAGAAAAAGAGGAUGGAGGUGGAGAGAAAAAGAAUGGAGUGGGAGAGGGCCGAGAAGGAAAGGAUGGAACGGGAGGAGGCUGAGAGCGAGAGAAGGGAGCGGGAAAAGGCCGAGAGGGAAAGGACGGAGCGGGAGAAAGCUGAGAAAGAGAGAAGGGAGCGGGAAAAGGCCGAGAAGGAAAAGUCGGAGCGGGAGAAGGCUGAGAGGGAAAGGAUGGAGUUGGAAAAGGCGGAGCAAGCGAAACUUGCUUCACAGAAAGCCAAGCAGGAGCAGGAACAGCUUGAAAAGAAAGAGAGGGAGCGCUUGGUUUGGGAACAAGAGGCCACCAAAGAAAGGGAAGAGAGGGAGCGCUUGGCCGCAGAGAAGAGCGAGCGGGAAAGAAAAGAAAGGGAGCGACUACAGAAGGAACAGAUGGCCAAAGAGCGGGAAAGGAUGGAGAAAGAAAAGCUGGAGCAGGAACGGGAGAAAGCCGAGAGGGAAAGGCAAGAAAAAGAAAGAGCGGAGAAAGAAGUCCUCGCGAAAGAGAGAGCCCGGCUGGCUCAGGAGAAAGAGAAAGCGGCCAGAGAGAAGGAGCUGCGUCUUUCUCGGGAGAAGGCCGCCCGGGAGAAGACGGAGCCGGAGCGGCCCGACGCGAGGAAAGCAAAUAGCACUCAGACCCCGGAGGAGAAAAUUCAGCGAGCCGGCGUGACGGCGGUCAGGAGGGAAAAGGGCGUGGUUGCCGACAAAAUGGCCGCCAGUGGGAGGAAGAAGUAAACCCUUCUUUUGCACAUGUUUGGACUCUUCUUAUUUUUUGUCUCUGGUGAGGCAGUGGCUGUGUUUAGAAUCAGUGGACUCGAUAUUUGGUUUAG